GAGGCCAGAGAAGAUGACUUCAUUGGAUCUGACGAAGGGACUCCUCGUUCAGGACAAGGCUCUCAAUUGUCUGCUGCAUCUAUGACCGGGUCAGCUGCAUCUAUGCCAUACAGUAUGGACAGUCAACCGCCAGUGGAGCCAGAUGCCAAUUACGUCGGCGUGACCUUGUCUCAGCUGGAGGAGUUUCUGGCGGUGAGAAAAGGAAUGAGAAUGGCAUGUGGGACAUUGCCAAUGACCUUUGGGAUUUGGUUGGCCUACGUUUUCUUAGUGAUGACCAUUGGCGAAGCAGAGGAGCCAUUUCAGACCGCUCAUUUGAUCAAGGCUACCUUGGAAGAAACUGUGGCCGAACGACCUCAUCCUUUGGGCGGUUCACGGAGAUUUCGUGUGGAUGAGAUGGAAGACUUUGAUGACAUCCCGUGGUGGAUAAGGAAUGCAUUGGUACCAACUGUGGAUCCUGCAACCGAUGCUUUCUCAGCAUCUGUGAAGAUCGUUGGGUUCGCCAGGGUGGUGCAGACGAAGGGAACAGUGUCGGGCUGUGAUGGGCUCACUCGCAACAUGGUGAAUUUCUACCCAGGCGCCUGCUAUCCGGCAGCACUUCCUGGCACAUAUCUGGGCAACUUCGGAGCGUUUGAUGUAGAUGAUGCAUUCCAGGCCUUGGGGCCUGACCGGCCAGUGGAGUACGAGGCCUGGAUAGACUCAGGCAGACCAGUAGAAGAAGUCCAAUCGAGAAUUGACAGUUUGAUUCAGAAUAACUGGAUUGAUCGACGGACGCAGACGGUGCAAUUGGACGCGUUCUUUGUGAACUUGCAGACCACCGUAUAUGUCCGAAUGAAGCUUCGGAUUCAGGUCUACAGAGAAGGCCUGAUCAGCUCCGAAUUAAGUCUUGUUCCCAUGCGGGCGCAAGUGGUGAACCAUUGGUCUCAUAUUUUCUUGAACUUGUGCUUCGUGAUCCUUUUAACAGUCCAGAUCCUUUCUUUCCUACAGCAGAGUCAUGCCGAAUAUGAAAGAGGUCUUUGGCAGCUGCACUUCUGGGAUAUUUGGACAUGGUUGGACAUGCUAUCCAUUGUGGUUGCACUGGUCAUUGUUUUCAUGGGCAUUGCCUUCAUGGUGGGCACGGAGUCCUUCACCAUGAUGGUCUCUAAACUCGGGGCCAUGCCCGAGUGGUCAGUCCUAGCUGCCCCUGCGUCGCGAAAGGUGCAGAGCAUUUUGGAAAAUCGCGCGUUUCGUGGACAGUGCACGGAGCUCCUCAAUGCAGUGGACGGUGUGCUGGGUCUGAGCAUGUGGCUGCGCUUUAUGACUGCCUGGUAUGCAGUAUGCCUUUGCUUGCGUUUUUACAGAGGUUUCACCGGGCAACCACGCACAGCGGUAAUACUGCAGUCGGUCAUGUACAUGACCAACCUUUUCCUUCACUAUUUAGUCGUGUUCCUCGUGGUUUGUGGCAACUUCGCACUCAGCGGCUACAUACUUUUCGGGGAGCAAGUUCGCGAUUGGUCUACGUUCGGUGGAUCCAUCAUCACAUUGACGCAAGUCCUUUUGGGUGAAUUCGACUAUGCGGCCAUGAAGAAUGUCGCUCCAGUUCUGGCGUUGAUUUGGUGGUGGAGUUUCUUCCUCACAACGACUGUUGUCCUCUCCAAGGUGCUGACGGCAGCGGUGCUGCAGCUUUUUCUAGAGGUUCGUCAAGCUUUGGGCGAGCCAGGCAUUGGGUUGCCUCGGCAAAUCCUGGCAGUGAUGAAGAACAUUUGGCACCAACGGUCCUAUGAGGGCUCGAUGAAGAGUGUGCCAGAUGAUGACUUGUUGAAAAUGCUGGCAAAGGACUUGGACCCAGCGCAUGUGAAGCAACUUGAUCAAAUCCAUUGAAGCAUUUUGGAAAUACAAACAUGCGGUUUGCUGCACAUUACUUUAAGUGGUACCAGAGCUGCCUACUUAGAAGUGGCAGAAGAAUGCCUGCAAACCCAUAGCCUUACUCGAACCUCAUGCAAUUCUAGUUGGUUUAUCGCGAAAGCUAGCUUGCUAGCGCAAUGAAUUGGGGGCUUCCAUGAUCUUUCACUUCGAACUGGUUUUGGCCCCCCGCUUGUUGGAUAUGAUUAAUCAUGUCAAACUGUGACCCCCCCCCCCCUCGGGCUCAAACCCCGCUGCGUCCACCCCGCUGGGUUUCAUCUGUGACCACUCGUUCGCAUGCCCACGCGCACAUAUUUUUUUCCGCAGCGAUAUGCAGUUCAUGUCGAACUACACCUCAGCAGCAGCAGCUUUCCAUCAGACGGAUGGAGAAACAAGAUG